AUGAGACUUAUGCAUAUGAUCACGGUUCUCGUUGAAUUCGUGACUGCUACAUUUAUAGUUGUUUCGGUGCGUCUGAUGGGGACAUUUAUUGUCAUUGUUGUCGUUGUUGUUAUCGUUGUUGUCAUCAUGACUGUGAUCAGAGUAGUCAGAUGUACGUUGAUGAUGUUGAUGAUCUGUGGCUUCGCUGGAACUUUGGUGAUUACUGAUGUUGUCUAG